AUUUGAAAAGAACCUACCCGCGGCGCCGCCUUCGUCUGCUCUUCUUUCUUCCCCAGACAAUCCCUUUUUCUCCUACUACUGGCAGGCUGGUACUAGGAGGAGCGAACGGAGACGGAGAAAGCGGGGGAGUUCGAGAAGCAAUCUCUCCAAUCCAUUCCUCUCAUCAUCGUCAUCGGAGGAGGAAGGAAUCCAUCCCAUGGCGUCCCCUCCGCCCUUUGACAUCUGCGGCGACCUGGACGACGACCCCACCCCUCCUGCGCCGCCGCUCGCUGCCCCGACCCCCAACGGCCUCAACGACCGCCUCCUCCGCCUCGCCCGCACCCACCCACGGGGCCCCGCCCCAAACCCUAACCCUAUCCCCCCUCCUCCGCCGCCGCAAGGAGCAGGACCGGAACCCGCCAAGGUCAAGCUGCCCGGCCGCCGCCGCCUCUGUAAGCUCUCCUCCGCCCCAGAUGACUCCGCCGACAGCAUCCGCGACAUACUGGACGAUCUCACCACCCGCCUCGACUCCCUCUCGGUCGACAGGCCCACCGCAAGGCUCAGACCGCAGGUCACCCCACUUCCCUGCGCCAUCGCCGAUGAUGCAGACGCCGACCCCGAAGCAGAUCACAAGGGGAAAACCCCCAUUCUAGGAUCUUAUGUCGUUAAUGAUGGCAGAAAACCCUCACCCCUUGUCUACUGUGAAGACGAUGACGAUGAGGAUUUCGCAACAAGAUCUUAUGGUGGUGUUAAAGAGGAGGUCACUAGUAAGGUGUUCAAGGCCUCUUCUUCUUUUGGUGGCCGUGGCAACGAUUGCAAGAUGAAAGCUAAAGGAGCCUAUGCCUUUGAUACGGUGUCAAGGGAAACCGUCUCCAAGGCCUCAGUUUUUGGGGCCUAUGAUGGUGAUGAAGACAUCGACCAAGAUGCAGGGAAUGGGAAGGAAAACCGUGUGAUUGUUGAGAAUAGUGCCGAGGAUGUUGACUGGGAGAAGACAGAGGACUUCAAGAUGGAGCCCACUGGGACUGGUGUAACACACAAGCCCUACAAGCUCCCAGGAAGGAUAUUCAACAUGCUUUACCCCCACCAGCGUGAGGGGCUCAGGUGGCUUUGGGUUCUGCAUUGUAGGGGAACUGGAGGUAUCCUUGGAGAUGACAUGGGGCUUGGCAAGACCAUGCAGGUUUCUGCAUUCCUAGCUGGAUUGUUCCAUUCCCGUUUAAUCAAGAGAGUGUUAGUUGUUGCCCCAAAGACCCUUCUGACUCAUUGGAUCAAGGAACUUUCAGUUGUGGGCCUCAAAGAUAAGAUCAGAGACUAUUCUUGCCCCAAUGCAAAUGUUCGCAACUAUGAGCUUAAAUAUGCCUUCAAGGAGGGUGGUAUCCUUCUAACAACAUAUGACAUUGUCCGGAACAAUUACAAGGCGAUAAAAGGCAACUUCAGCCAUGAUACUGAUGAUGAGGAAGAAACAAUAUGGAACUAUGUUAUUCUUGAUGAAGGGCAUAUUAUCAAGAAUCCAAAGACUCAGAGGGCACAAAGUCUAUUCGAAAUACCCUGUAUACAUCGUGUUGUCAUCAGUGGAACACCUAUACAAAAUAACUUAAAGGAAAUGUGGGCUCUGUUUUAUUUCUGUUGCCCAGAAGUCUUGGGUGAUAAGGAGGAGUUCAAAGCAAGGUAUGAGCUGGCUAUCCUUCGAGGAAAUGACAAGAAUGCUACCAAUCGAGAAAAGCACAUAGGCUCAAACGUAGCAAAGGAAUUAAGAGAACGGAUAAAACCAUACUUUUUGCGACGCAUGAAGAGUGAAGUGUUUCUUGAUAGCGGCACGACUGAAGAUAAAAAGCUUGCUAAGAAGAAUGAGCUAAUUAUCUGGCUAAAAUUAACAUCGUGCCAGAGGCAAUUAUACGAAGCUUUUCUCAACAGUGAACUAGUUCAUUCGUCAAUGCAAGGGUCACCCUUGGCUGCAAUCACAAUAUUGAAGAAAAUAUGUGAUCACCCACUGUUGUUGACUAAGAGAGCUGCUGAGGGUGUGUUGGAAGGCAUGGAUGCAAUGUUAAAUAAUCAGGAAAUGGGAAUGGUUGAGAAAAUGGCCAUGAACCUUGCAGAUAUGGCUGAUGAUGAUGAUGAACUGCAAGUUGGUCAAGAUGUCUCGUGCAAGUUAUCUUUUAUGAUGUCCUUGCUUCGAAAUCUUAUUGAUGAGGGGCACACUGUCUUAAUCUUCUCGCAGACUCGUAAGAUGCUAAACCUUAUUCAGGAGGCUAUAAUAUUAGAAGGCUAUAAGUUUUUGCGCAUUGAUGGUACCACCAAGAUUUCUGAGAGGGAAAGGAUUGUGAAGGACUUCCAAGAGGGUCCUGGAGCUCCAAUAUUUCUGCUGACCACUCAAGUUGGUGGGCUUGGACUGACACUGACCAAGGCAGCUCGUGUCAUAGUAGUUGAUCCUGCUUGGAAUCCAAGUACGGAUAAUCAAAGUGUUGAUCGUGCUUAUCGAAUUGGACAGACCAAGGAUGUCAUUGUAUACCGCUUGAUGACAUCCGGAACCAUUGAAGAAAAGAUAUACAAACUGCAGGUCUUCAAGGGCGCUUUGUUUAGGACAGCCACAGAGCACAAAGAACAAACACGUUAUUUCAGCAAGAGGGAUAUUCAGGAGCUUUUUAGUCUGCCGGAACAAGGUUUUGAUGUCUCACUCACACAGAAACAAUUGCAAGAAGAGCAUGGACAACAACUUGUCAUGGACGAAUCCUUGAGGAAGCACAUACAGUUCCUGGAGCAACAAGGCAUAGCGGGUGUGAGCCAUCACAGCCUUCUGUUUUCUAAGACAGCAAUCUUACCUACGCUGAAUGAGAACGAUGCUUUUGACAGCAAUCCUCGAGCUAUGCCAAUGGCCAAGCACUACUACAAGGGAGCCUCAUCUGACUAUGUUGCCAAUGGUGCUGCAUAUGCGAUGAAGCCAAAAGACUUCACUGCUCGAACAUACUCCCCGAACAGCACAACCACAGAGAGUCCUGAGGAAAUCAAGGCUAAAAUCAAUCGGCUGUCGCAAACCCUUGCAAAUACGGGCCUUGUGGCGAGGCUACCAGAUCGUGGAGACAAGAUAAGGAGGCAGAUAAACGAGCUGGACGAAAAGCUGACCGUGAUCGAGUCUUCUCCGGUGCCAUCUUCGUCUCCUUUGGAGACGGGUCCAGCGGAAGUGAUCUGCUUGGAUGAUUUGUCUGUCUAGUGUCGAUUGUAGGGUGGAGCCACAUGUUGCAGCGACGGCUGCUCGGGAUGUUUACCCAUUUUCGUUUGCUUACACUUCAUGCAUAUUAGUCACUAAGGGGUGACAUUUUGCAUGCUACUAAUUACUAAAUUGUAGCGACCACGAAACACAUGCUGAUCUCCGGAUAGGAGUGGCCUAUUGUAAAUUAACGCGGUAGUACCUGUAAGCUGGUAUUAGCUGCGGUGAGCCUGCUUUUUGGCGAUUGGCAAAAUGAAAAGUUUUAAGCUUAGAUUGUUGCUUUGGUUUGGUUUUCACCCCCUAUAUAGAACUGCUUGUAUGGUAUGGCACUU